AAGAUCAGCAGACGUGGUUCACUGUCUCUUCCACAAGCGUUCCAUCUGCGCCGGAGCGGGGAGAGGAAUAGCAGCAAUGGCCGGAGCAGUAGUACUGGGAGGUGAUGAAAAGGAAUUGGGAAGGGGAAAACUUGUGUGCGUCACAGGAGGCGCAGGCUACAUCGCGUCGUGGCUGAUCAUGAGGCUGCUGCAACGCGGCUACUCCGUCAGAGCCACCACAAGAUCCGGCCAACAGUUUCAUGAGGAGACCAAACACAUUGAGAGUCUUGAAGGCGCCAAAGAGAGGCUUGAAAUUGUGGACGCGGAUCUCAGCAAGCCUGGAAGUUAUGAUGCUGCUGUUGAUGGUUGCAUUGGAGUCUUUCACGUCGCUCAUCCCACUAAUUUUAGUGAACCAGAUCCUGAGAAUCAAGUGAUAAAGCCGGCAGUGGAGGGAACGGUGAGCAUACUGGAAGGCUGCCUCAAAUCGAAGACCGUGAGGAGAGUGGUCAUCACAUCUUCGGCGAGUGCCGUCGCCUUCAGCGGCCGGCCUGAUCUGCAGGUGAUGGACGAGAGCCUGUGGAGCGACGUUGACUACUGCCGGAAGUUAGACGUCCCCGGUGCCUCCUACUUCAUCUCCAAAACGCUGGCAGAGAAGGCGGCUCUGGACUUCUCGGAGGCUCACCCGCCACUGGAGGUCGUCACCCUCCUUCCCUCCAGCGUCCUCGGCCCUUUCCUUACCCCCAACUUCCCUCCCAGCUUCCUCACCACCAUGGCGCUCGUUCUGGGCGACGUAGAGCACUGCAAACUAUUGAAGCAGAUGCAGUAUGUGCACAUAGACGACUUGGCCUCUGCUUACAUUUUCCUCUUCGAGUGUCCCGAGGCAAAGGGCAGAUACAUUUGCUCCUCCCACGACGCCACCAUCCACCAAUUGGCUGCUCUCCUUUCCACGAAGUUCCCUCGUUUCUCUCCCAAUUCUCUUAUUCAACAAUUCAUUCAAGGCUUGGAGGAAGAAAAACCAGUGCAUCUCUCUUCUCAGAAGCUGUUGAGCUUGGGAUUCAAAUUCAAGUAUGGGCUCGAGGAAAUGUAUGAGGGAGCCAUAAAAUGCUGCCAGAGCAAGGGAUUCCUUAAAACUGAUGAAGAGUAAGAUGGCACAGCUCUUAGGAGAUGGCUUGUGCUGAACCAUGACUGUUUCUUUGCAUAGAUCAAAAGCUUUGUCGUUGAUGGACUCAAUAUGGUUUCUGUGAAUAAGAAUGUGAAGCUUGUAAUCUUCAUGAUCAGCAAGACUUCAAAAUAUAUAUUCCAUGUUUUCUGGCUGUAA